AUGAGUUCUCUCCCUCAAACUAGCUCGUCUAAUUUCUUAUCUAUUCCGCUGGCUAAUGAUAUCACCACUUCCACCACCACUAAUAAAAGAUCUCAUAGACAUAGAAGGUCAGCUGCCAUAUCAGGAGACUUUGAUGUCUUAGGAAAUGGAUUAUUCGCUAUGCCUCCCAUCCAACCUCCUCAAUCUUCAAUUCCAAAAUCAGAAUUUAUAGAUAAUGUUUAUCAAUUUAAUAAUGAUGAAGAUUUCGAACCCAUUAAAAGACCUUUACCAUCAUCAACUACUAUCCCAUCUUCUUCAUCCCCUUCUAGUGAUUCAUUCUCAUUCCCAGCUACAAGAACCCCAGACUUGGAUUCGUCAUCAAAUAGUUUCACCAGAAAUAUCCCCUUUUCUCCAAAACGUUAUCAACAUCCUGGUAUGCAUUAUGGUUCUCCUUCUCAACAUCAUCAUCCUCAUAUGUCUCCAGGAAGUUUGAAUUCUCCUAUAAGAUUAUCCUUAGCAAAUCAUAAAAGAGCUUAUUCAUCCAACAAUUCAUUAAGACCUAUGAAAUUAGCUGAAGAAGAAGUUUUAUCAUCAUCAUCAGAUAUACCAGAUCCAAUCAUUGAUUUAGAUGAAAUAUUAACGGCUAAUUUACAUAUUGGUGGAGGUUCAGGUUCAAAUACAAAUCUUAAUAAUACCCUUCAUAAACGUACUGGACUGGCUCCAGCCGAAUGUGUAUUUGAUGAUCAUGAAUUUUUAGCUUCUCCAUUCUUAAAACAAACUCCCCUUAUUUCAAGUCCAUUCUUUACCACCACUGUUGGAUCUCCUUUGGCAACUGCUACAAGUAGUAGUGUUUUAAUUAAUCAACCUAUCCACGAAAAACCAAACGAUGAUGAUGAUGAUGAUGAUGAUGAUAGUAAUAGUAGUGAUAAUGCUGAUAUUGAAAGAGUGGUUGAUGAAGAUAAUCAUAUUGAUUUCUUAUCAUUAGAAAAUCAAACUAGUAAUAAUAGUAGUACUACUGAAUUUCCCAAUCCUCCUAAUAGUUUAUAUAUUACUUUAUCAGCUAAUUCAUCAUCAUCAAGUAUUAGACAAAAUUUAAUGGAAAAGACCUUAUCUAAUUCUUCCAAAGAAUCAAUUGGUAAUUCCAUACCUCCAAAUAAUAAUAAUAAUAAUACCACAACUACAUCAUCUACAACGAAUGGUCAGAAUAAAAGAUCAGGAGCAAAAGCUACAAGAUAUCAAAUUUUCUAUGAUCAAUCAAAUAGAAUAUCAAAUGCAUUAAAGAUAUCUUCAUCUGAAAGUGUAAACAUUAUCAGAUCCAAUAGUCAAAACAAAGACAUCAACAGUAUCAACAGUAUCAAUAAUAAUAAUAAUAAUAAGCAUUUAUUAGGUCAUGCUUCAAGUUUCCCAAGUCUUAAAUCAAAUGUUAAACGUUCAGUAAGUCUUAUGCCUCCACCCCCUCCAUUACCUUCUCAAUAUCGUAUUUCCAAUAAUAACGGUGUUCCAAAAAGAACUAUUUCACCUCCUAAUAGAAAUACUUUUGAAUCUCAAAGUUCAAUAUCACCUUCUAAUUCAAUUAAAAAGAUAAAUUCUAAUCCUAUUGUUGUAACUGAAGAACAACCUCAACCACCAUCAGAACCACAACAACCACAACCACAACCACAAUCACAUAAUCUAGGUCAAGAGAUUAUUAUUUCUAAAACUAGUACUUCGUCAACCAGUCCUAUAAGUAUUAGAUCUGUGGUUUCAUCUACGGUUAUUUCAAGUAGUGGGACUUUAUUAUCAACUGAUAAUUCUUCAUUACAUUCCAGUCAUAUACCUCAUAAAGAUGGUCUGACUCCAUCUAUUAUGGUUGGAUCUGAAACUUCAUCAUCAUCAUCAACUAAUUCCACUUAUAAACAAGAUGAUAAUUCUGGAAUAAUUAUAAAUGAUGAUACUACUAUGAUAAAUAAUUCUCAUAAUGAUGAUACAUUUAUUUUACCGGAUGAUAAUUCUACAAUUUUAAAAUCUCCAUCAUCAAGAGGUGGUGGUGGUGGAUCAACUCCUAAACAACCUUCACCCAGAAGACCAGUUACUUUAGGUGAAGAAAAGAUUUUAAGAUUAACUCAAAUUCCUACCUUUAAAGGACCUUCAUCAUCUAUCAGUUCUGCUCCUGUUUCACCACCUAUUACAAGCCCAACUAUUUCAUCACCAUCUCGUCCAACUACUAAAACUACUAUAUCAUCCGAAUCAAAACAAAGUAAACGAAGUAGUUUUUAUUCAAGAAUGAAACGAACUUCAAUGACUUUAUCAUUAAGUGAUUUUAGUGAUUUAUUACCUCCUCCACCUUCAUCUAAUUCUAAUACUAUGACAGGACCUUCAUCUCCAUCACCUCCUCGUCAACAUCAUAAAUCGAAAUCAUUAUCGUUAUCAUUUCAAGAAUUUGUUUCAUCAUCAUCAUCAUCUUCCAGACCUUCAUCAACUGCCAUUAUAUCAUCUUCAAGUGAAUCACUUAAUAUUGUCAAUUCACCAUCCAUGAGAAAGAGAGAAAGAAGAAAGAGUAAUAAAUUCAUGAGUUGGUUUAGAAAGAAGAGUGAUGUAGCUUGA